AUGGCAUACUUUGGGAAGGUGCCCUUCUCAUGUAAUGAGCUUUGUGAAGAACAGGCUGUGGACCAAACAUUUUAUCCAAUGUACCCUUCUGGGUCUGCUGGAGACGUCUGUUUAGGAUUUGAUCGAAUAGUUGAUGAAGUCAACAAUGAAUUUCAUUUCUAUGGUUCAUCACAUUCACACUAUCAUGAAGACACUUUUUUCUCAUCAAAUGUAUUUGGUCUGAGCAUGCCUGAACAUCAGUUUUCUUGUCAGCCUCUAGUUGCUUAUGGUGAACUUUAUCCUGGAAAUCCUCCUGUCUCUCACUGGCAACAAGGAACAACAUCACCAACAGUUGGCUUCAGAUCUUCUUUGCUAUAUGAUUACAGAAACUUCUCUCUGGCAUACCCCAACCCCUUCAGUCAAGAAAGAGUGAAUACAAGUGUGUUUGACUCGGAUGUGGAAAGAGGCAACACAAAUCAGAGUUUCCGGAUAGGCUUUGACAAUAUUGAUGCUCAGAGUCUGGUUUUCUCAGACAACUAUCCAUUUGGACGAGAAGUGAGACAUGAAAGUGGAAAUGGGGGAGAUUGUUUAACUGACACUUCCAGAAGAUGGAAUGUAGGACCUACCUGGCCCAGCAGCUCUGGACUUGACACAGAGGCUGCAGGUUGGUCAAUCCAGCUGGUUGAAGCAAAUCAAGGAAGUAAUGAGAACACAGUUGCUUUUUGCAAUGUGGUGGAAAAAAUAAGAAAUGCUUAUCCUGCUUUUGACUUGAAAACAAACACUGGAAAAAUCUGGAGUGUUGCAACAAGGUUCCCAGAUCAUGUCUUUAGAGAAUCAAAAUUCAGAUUCAGUGUUUGGACAGAUUCUUCACCGUAUCCUCUGCUUCUUACACAACAUGCUGGCUCUACCACUCAUGACCUAAUUGCAGAGAUCCUCCGUUGCACAAAUCAAUACCCAGUCCAGGGGGAGUGCCUUCUAAGUGUUUGUGGGUCUGAUGAAUUCUUGCAAAAUGAUCAUACUUUGGGCAGCCAUGAAAGUCUGCGCAAGGCAACCACCUGCAUUCAGCUUCGACUACACGAUGCGAGGAAUUUGAAGCAGAGUUUGGCUCGUACGCAUGAAGAUGAUCAGAGAAAGUUUGGUGUGAAUCAGCUGUUAGAAGACACUUGUGCCUGGAGACUGACUCUACAGAACCUUUUGUCAGUUAUUAUGAAAUAUAGAGGUCAAGUGGAAUAUCUAUUGCAAAAUGAGCCUCAUGCAGUUGAUAAUGUGAUUGAAGUAGCUAAAACAAUCUGCAGCGUCCUCUGUUUCGUGGAAACCAGAGACAUUACUGAUGCAGUCCAGAAACUUCAUGCAGUGCCACUGGUAAAAUUACAGAGUUCACUUCAGAGAAUGGAAACACGACACAAAGCAUUAAUAGAGGCUGCUGUGACUGAGCUUUCCAUGGCCAUUUCUUGUCUCAUCCAUGUUUACAGCAGAAGCUUUGAUGCAAAUUUCCAGCUUGCCAGCAUACCUAAAAUCCCUUUGUGUGCAGACAUCAGCCUAGAUUCCCAGCUCAGCUUCACUGUUUAUGCUGCCCAUAACAUCCCGGAAGCCUGGGUGAACAGCUACAAAGUUUUCUCAUUUUCCUCUUCACUAACUUAUGCUGGAAAAACAAUAUGUCAAGUGAAGAUCUGCAAAAAAAUACCAGUAAGAAGAUCUUUCUUUUUCCUGACUGACUGGAAUGAGAAAAUCAAUUUUCCUCUAAGAAUAAAAGCUCUUCCAAGGGAAACUAUGCUGACAAUAAAACUCCUUGGAGUAAACAAUGCCUCUAAAAAUGCAGAAGUGCUUGCUUGGACAUGUUCCCCAUUGUAUACAAAAGAACAGCUCAUUCAUGGAACUGUGCUGCUUAGCAUGACACUGUACAGCAUGCUUCCAACAACCAUGAUCACCCCAGGCAUCUGCAGUACUGAUCCACCAACCUCUGUAACGUUGCAGAUUGACUUUCCAGAAACUAAUUUGGAGUUCAUUAAACCUGAACCUGAAGAAAGAAGAGAUGAUCUUGAAGAGCCAGCUGAAGAUUGCCUGAAGCACAUUGCAAGAUUUUCACAGAGACAUUCUCUCCUGCUACUCUCAGAGCAGCAGAGAAGAAUAUUGUGGUUUUAUCGUUAUUACUGCAAUAAUCAAAACUGCUCCCUUCCUCUGGUACUGGGCAGUGCACCCAGCUGGGAUCGAACAACUGUAUCAGAAGUGUAUGCUGUGUUGAGGAGAUGGAGAUUUUCUAACCCUCUGGAGGCAUUAGGGCUUCUGACUUUCAGUUUUCCAGAUCAAGAUAUUCGCAGAACAGCAGUCCAACAAAUAGAAAAUAUGUCAAAUGAUGAAUUGCUAGAAUACCUCCCACAGCUGGUUCAGGUGCUCAAAUUUGAGUGGAAUCUUGAAAGCCCUCUGGUUAAACUCCUGCUGAACCGUUCUCUUCAGAGCAUCCAAGUAGCUCAUCAGCUUUAUUGGCUGUUGAAGAAUGCACAGAAUGAAGUUCAUUUCAGGAUCUGGUAUCAGAAAAUACUGGCUGCUCUCCGAUUCUGUGCUGGAAAAGCCCUGAACAACGAGUUUUCUAAGGAGGAGAAACUGAUCAGAAUUCUUGAAGACAUUGCCAAAAAUGUAAAAGCUGCCAGUGACCCAAAAAGAAAGGAGGUGUUAAAGGUGGAACUCAACAGACUUCAGCAGCUCUUCCAGGAGAUAAAAGUUUGUCGGCUUCCCCUGAAUCCUGCACUUGUUGUCCAAGGCAUAGAGGCAGAUUCAUGUUCAUAUUUUACAUCCAAUGCUUUUCCAUUGAAAAUCUCCUUCAUCAGUGCAAAUGCUCCAAGUGGAAACAUCAAUGUUAUUUUUAAGAUGGGCGAUGAUCUACGUCAAGAUAUGUUGGUUCUGCAAGUCAUUCGAGUGAUGGACAGCAUUUGGCUCCGAGAGGGACUGAAUAUGCAAAUGAUCAUUUAUAGGUGUUUAUCUACAGGAAAAGGCCAAGGUUUGGUACAGAUGGUGCCAGAUGCUACCACACUAGCCAAGAUCCACAGGGAGUCUGGACUGAUAGGACCAUUGAAAGAAAACACAAUUAAGAAGUGGUUCCAUAAUCACCAUCCUCUGGAAUCAAGUUACCAAGAGGCAAUAAGGAAUUUCUUUUAUUCCUGUGCUGGCUGGUGUGUUGUUACCUUCAUUUUGGGAGUCUGUGAUCGUCACAGUGACAACAUAAUGCUGACAAAUGCUGGACACAUGUUCCACAUAGAUUUUGGAAGAUUUUUAGGUCACGCACAGACAUUUGGAAGCAUAAGAAGGGACCGAGCUCCAUUCAUCUUCACAUCAGAGAUGGAAUAUUUCAUCACAGAAGGUGGAAAAAACCCACAGCGUUUUCAAGAGUUUGUGGAGCUUUGCUGCCGAGCUUACAAUAUAGUCAGGAAACAUAGCCAGCUACUCUUGAAUCUGCUGGAGAUGAUGCUGCAUGCAGGACUGCCUGAGCUAAACAGUAUUCAAGACCUGAAGUAUGUCUAUGAUAAUCUCCGGCCUCAUGACUCUGACCUCCAGGCUACAAGCUACUUUACGAGGAAAAUAAAGGAAAGUUUGGAGUGCUUUCCUGUUAAACUCAAUAACUUCAUCCACACGCUCGUACAGAUGUCAGUGACAGGCUCUGAAAAGCAGCCUGCUCCAGAGACUGUCCCCCAGGAAUGGAUGAUGCUGGAUGCAGAGAAGUCCAUAGCAAGAGCCACCAUUUUGGGGUUUAACAAAAAGUCAGAAUGCCUAUAUCUAGUCCAGGUGGUGCAGACCUGCAACGUGGUCACUUUUGUGGAAAAAUCAUUUGACCAGUUCUCCAAACUUCACAGCCAACUCCAGAAGCUAUUUCCAUCACAUGCCCUCCCAGAAGGGGGGAAACAGCUUGGGCUUGACACACCUAUCCCUCCUGAAAUCAAAAAGGGGUUUCCCCACUCCUGGCAUUUACCUUAUACAGACCUUGAACAUAAAAGAGUGAAGGAUUUGAAUCUCUAUCUGAAGCAGCUAUUAAGCGGAUCCAGGAAACUGGCUAAAAAUGAGCUUGUACUCAGCUUCUUCCUGAAUGGGUGCAAAAGUACCUCAGCAAGAGAUUCAUCAUCUGUGACCUUAGGUCCUCAGUCAAGUGAUCACAAGCCUGGAGUACAGUUAGUCAUCUCCUAUGAGAGCACCUGUCUGACAAUAAUGUUGAAGCACAUGAGGAACAUUCACCUCCCAGAUGGCUCUGUCCCAAGUGCACACGCUGAAUUUUCUCUUCUGCCAGAUCCUUAUGAAGUCAGUCGAAGGAAAACAAGAACAGCUCCAAAAAGCUCUGACCCUACUUACAAUGAAAUUGUUGUGUACGACAAAGUCACAGAGCUCCAAGGCCGGAUACUGAAGGUUGUUGUGAAAAGCAAAGGAAUCUUUGUGGGAGCUGUUAACAUUCAGCUGAGCUGUGUCCAGUUAAAUGAAGAAAAGUGGUAUCCACUGGGAAACAGUAUCAUUUGAGUGGCUAAAAAAAUUCAAUUAUUUAUCCUCUAAUG